AGGAGCCAUUUGCCUCCUCCCUCUCUCACGCAGCCAUGGGAAUUUCCCAAAGCAGAGCAGAAUCCCUAACGGAAAAGAAAGGAAGCAGAAUCGUUAUCCUCGAGAGAAAAGAAGAUGGUUCCUUGCUUGGUAUGAGUGACAUCUCUCUUCGUAUUUGUUAUAUAACUCUCAAGACUUCCUCACUUCCAGUUGUUCUCAAAGUUACAAGCUUUUUCUCGGUCGAUUGCCUAUCAACUUGGUUGAAGCUUCAGUUUAAUGAGGUACAACGUAAGAGAUGAAGAGAAAGGAGAAAGCGGAGAAAAUUCGGAGGAAGAAACUGAUGGGAAGCUAGAUCAAAAGAUUCAAAACAUAAGAACGCUUCAUGAGAGUGUGAAGUGGAUUAAGAAGAUACUUAUAGUUUUAUUAGCCAUUGAGAUCUCAUUAGUGGAUCCUCUCUUCUUCCAUAUUCCCGUGAUCAAUGACCACCGGAAGUGUGUUCGCUUGGACAAAAAGCUGGGUACUGCAGUUAUGGUUUUUCGUUCACUCAUCGAUUCCUUUUAUGUGAUUUAUAUCAUUGCUCAACUUCAUAAACAUUUAUUGGUGGCGCGUUCUAGAAAAGAUCAAGAUGAAGAUCAGUACGCAAGGUUAGGGAAAUAUCUGUUCCUAAUUGACUUUCUAGCUGUUCUUCCUCUACCACAGGUGGUUAUAUUGAUCAUCCCAGCAAUGAGAGGCUCCAGGUUUUUGAAUGCGAUGUACUUGUUGAGAACUGUUGUCCUUUGCCAAUUUGUGCCUAGGUCUUUUCGGGCAUACCUUUUCAUUUCUUCAGGCACUUUUGGAGAACCUGCAAUGGCAAGAGUCAAGUUCAGUCCAUUUGUCUUCAUGCUAGGCAUUGAUGUUAUCGGAGCCUUAUGGUACUUUCUCUCCAUUGAGCGAUUAGUGCAAUGCUGGACCAAAGCCUGUGAAAUUCAUGUUGGGUGUGUCAACUCCUUUUACUGCAAGGACAGUAUUGGAGACCAUACCUCUCUGAAAGAUUUUUGCCCCAUAGGCACAGAUUCCCGAAAGACCGAGUUCUUUGACUUUGGAAUAUUUAGUGAUGCUCUUCUGACUCGUGUUGUGGAAACUACAAAUUUUCCAAAGAAGUUGUUAUACUGCUUCCAAUGGAGUCUACAAAAUCUUAGUGGCUUUGGUCAAAACCUCAAAACAAGCACCUAUAUCUCGGAAAACUUAUUUGCAAUAUCAACGAGCAUAUUGGGUAUGCUUUUGUUUUUACUUCUCAUUGGAAACCUGCAGACAUCUAUGGAGUCUCAAAGAAAGAAGAAAGAAAAAAAUAUAUUGAAAGCUAUAGAGAGCAUAGAGAAUUGGCCGCUGCUCAAAAAGCUCUCUGUGAAUCUCAAACAGGAUAUUAAAAAAUACCUUAAACAUAAUUGGGAAAACAAAACCACCGAUGCAGGUAUUAUUCUACAUGAGCUUCCCACUAAUCUCAAGAAGAGCAUAGAGCGCGCCCUCGGCUUGGAAUUAUUGAUGAAGGUAAAGGCGUUUAAACCCAUUCCUCAAAAUGAGUUGGAUGAUCUUUCUGAGUCUAUUGAGAUGCAGCUAUUCAGAGAAGGUGAUUGCAUUAUGCAUGAGGGAAAUACGACUAAUAAGAUGGUCUUUAUCAUGCAAGGAGAGGUAGAGGUCCGUAGUUCUCUCAGUGAAAUAAACCCCAUUAACGUCCUACAAGAUGGUGACCUCUGUGGAGAAGAAGUUACGUGGGAUAUUUUUAAUGCUUGGUCAUCUGAGCUCCCCAAGUCAACUAUGACUAUUAACGCCCUCACGGGAGGUCUAGCCCUUGUUCUCCCAGCCCAUGCGGUGAGAUAUUUUCUCUAUGAACUUUGCUACUCCCUCCGGAGGAGGAUAAGGCAUGAACUUUGCUUUGAUUUACUUAAGAAGGUAAAGGCGUUUAAACCCAUUGGUCAAAAUGAGCUAGAUGAUUUGAUUGACUCUAUUGAGCUGCUGUCAUUUGGAAAAGGUGAAUACAUUGUGCAUGAUGGAGAGACAAUUAAUAUGAUGGUCUUCAUCCUGCAAGGAAAGCUAGAUGCCCAUGGUUCUCACAGUGAAAGAAACUCAUCUAAUGUCCUAAAAGAUGGUGACCUCUACGGAGAAGAAGUUACAUGGGAUGAGCUCCCCAUGUCAACUAUGUCUAUUAAAGCCCUCACUAGAGUUACUGCCCUUGUUAUCCGUGCCGAUAUAGUCAGAGAUUUUCUCCAUCACCUUCCUGAAGACCUCAAAAGGAGCAUACGCCAUGAAUUCGAACGAUGAAUUGCUUCCACAUAGAAUGAUCCUUGAGGACGUGAGUUCAACCUGUCGGGCUUAUAAUAUGUUAUAGGCCGUGAGCUUGUAAAAUACAAAUCAGAAGUACCUGUUAACUGUAAUUCUGUUGCUCGCUUUCCCAUCUUCGAUUUCAAUUCUUCAUCAAAUAAUAAGACUUCAAUAGUUUGCGUAUCCUCCAAAAGUAUGAUACAAACUCUGCCAUUGCCGGAGAUUUACUUGAAUUCUGCAACACAGAUAAUGUGAUGCUGUUGCUGCUCCGCAACUAGUCCUAAUCCUUGCUUAUUUGGAAGAAUUUGAGGAUAAAUUUUAUGCUUUCAUGUAUAAAGACGUCAGAUUCUCGA